AUGUCAGAAGACCAGCAACCAUUGCCCGACAGCAACACCCAACUCAACAAAUCUGCUGACGUGGAAGACCAAGAAGACUCACAAGUUGAAUUGGUUGAAACGGACGGUAAUGAAGACGACGAAUACGAAGAAGACGAAUAUGAAGAAGAGGAAGACGGCGAAUACGUCGAUGAUGAAGAUGGGGACGAAGAUGAGGACGGUAAUGAUCAGCAAGAUGAUGCCACGCCAACUGUCAUUCGAAGGACAAGCAAUUCCGCUCGCAAAAGCUCCGAGGCCAACAACUCUUCUCAACAACAAAUACUUCAAACUUCUGAAAGGGCUAAGGCCUCCUUGAUACAACGAUUGUUCUCAUCAACUCGCAAUACAAACACUUCUUCAAAAUCUUCAAAAAAGAAUAAGCAGAACAAAAAGGCAAAAACCUUACUGAACCAUCCUCUUCGUCAUUGGGUGUUCCAAGAGCACAAAGCAUUCGAGACAGUGUUCAUCUCACCAAAAGUCACCAGCUCCAAAAUUAGUAAAAAUAAGAUUGAACCGUCGAACAAUUUGGCGAGUGAACAAGAUGAUGAAGCACCUCUCCCGCAACGACUUCCUUCUUCUCCUCCCAUUGUCAUUACUUCCUCAAAUACUGUAAUUGCUUCAGAAAGAAAAUCCACAACGCCUCGUACCACCUCCAAACCUCAAGAAGAAGUCAUUAUCAUUGAGGACGACGGAGGAGAAGGUGGCAACACUAACUCGGAACCAAAAGUAUUGAAAGAAGAACUCUCGUUCUAUCAGAGAUGGUUCAAUUUUUCAAAGCCAUCCACCAACGCUACGACGACUAUCAAUGCUCAUGUUGCCAUCCAUUCUGAAAACACUCCCAAGUUAGUUGAGACCACAGAAAGUAAUAACAAUCCAAUUACGAGUCAAGAGGAUCCAAGAAAAUCUGAGGUGAAUAGAAAUGUAAAAUCUUACAAGAUUGCAAUUCUUGGUGAAGACAUCUAUGAAUCUCUCAUAGCGUCAGAAUUCUUAAUUGAUAACAUGCCACCUCCAAAUUUUGUUUCUUCCUCACAACAACCAAAUGUGGCUUCCUCUUCCAUUGCUUCUCCAACCAAUGAUCAAUCUGAACGAAGAAUUUCAGAAAGCCAUGGAUCCAUGAAACAACUCUUUGAUUUCCAAGGUCAGCAACAUGAAUUAGAAUUGUUCUUCUAUGAUAUUUAUGAUCAGUUUGUAAAUAUAAUGGACCAGUGUCUCAAAGAGUGUGAUGGGUUUCUUAUUGUCUACAAUGUUUGUGACCGAAAUACUUUUAACCAAAUUGAUCUAUUAUAUGAGAAAUUGUAUAAAGCAAAACAAGGAGGAACUAUUGCCUUAGUGUUGGUCGGUGUUGAAUCAUCCCCUACGUUCAACAGUCGAAGAAGUUUCGAAAGAAGAAAUUCCUUGUUAAGCACAGGCAACAUGAUGGAUGGAACUCAAAGCUACUACUUGAGACCUUCCAUUUGCUCGAAUAAUGUGAAUAAUAACAGUCAAUCAUUGGCUCCUGGUAGCGGAAACAUCAAUACAGUAAGUUCACAGAAUAAGGACAUUGGCACUGAACCUGGAACGGCUGUUCUAGAACCAAGAGGAUCAGUGACCUCGUCUUCAUAUGUCAGUGGAGCUGUAGCUACCAACAAUUCAGUCAUUCUUAGAACGGCCACUUCUCUUCCUUCUACUGAAAGAACUGUGUCAAAGAGAGAGGGUCUCAAGAAAGCUCUUGAAUAUUAUGUUCCUUACAUUGAAAUGCACGGAACUGAAUUGACACAAUUUAGAAAGCAAAAGAUCAGAGAAAUAUUCCAUGAAUUGUUGAAGGAGAUUACCUAUGGCGGUAAUUUGAGGUUCAGUGCUGUGAAACCAAAGACCAUAGAGGUCUCUGAGAGUGCCAUAAUGUCCGACAAUGGAAACGUGGAUGAACAACAAGGGGUGAUCAUGAACCAUGGAGAAGCUCCUUCCGAGCCAACCCAACCUUCUGGACUCUUUCAGUCUCUUAAACUUCUUUUCAAUAGCUUGAAUGUGAAUGGAUAUUGUCUCACUCAACCUAUUGGCAGUGAAAAUGAGCUACGACAAAUUGAGUUCUUGAUCGAUCAUUUCGAAUCACACCAAGUCACUUGUCAAGUAAUAGAGGCUUGUCUUAAAAGAUUUGACUUUAGAAAUGUCAAAAUGAAAUUGAGACAGAAAAUCAUUCCGAAAAAUGUCCAACAAAUCCUUUCUUUCCUAUUUGACAUUCCAUUGAGCAAGAUGAGUGUUUUGCAAUCGCUCAUUCAAGGCGAGACCAAUCAAAUUGAAAUCAAUGAGAGGUUGGUGUUUGCAAUAUUCAUUGCUACAUACGCCAAGCAUUUGUACACGGAGCAAAACUAUGAGCUCUAUGACAGAACGUUCAUGGUCACACUGGAAGAAGAGUGGUAUUUUGUCAAUAAUUUGAGCCAAAUCUUUCAAGAGGUGAAGAAAAAGUACAAAGACUAUACCACUUUGGACUCAUUUGUUGAAGAUCAAGUGAUUCGAAUGGUUGAAUGGAUGGAAAAGAGAAUCCGUCUAAGAAGAGGAAACGAGAUUGAAAUGCUAAUGAAGUUUUUGCUUCUCAGUGUAACCUCUCAAGACGAUCAUUAUGGUUUUGAGAAGCGUGUCAAACCAUACGUGCUGGGAAGUAGAUACUUGGUUCUCAAAAAGAUGUCCAGUAAUCACAAUGGAAGACUCUACAAAGCUGUAAAGGUAAAGGCAAGUCGGUUGUGCACAUUGAAACAACUUGCCAAUAUUUCCAAGGCAGAUUUGUUUGAGAUUGGAUCUGGUAUUGAGAGUGGAAUUCUGUUUGACAAGCAUGAAAAUGUAAUGACCUUCAAUGAUUAUACCAUACGAAGAUAUCUCGCAAACAAGUUUGAAGUAUUCAUUGAGAUACCUUUCAUGAAUGGAGGUAAUUUGGAAAGGAAGAUUGAUCAAUCCAUCAAGAAAAACAAAUACAUCAAUUACAUUGAGGUUUUGGAUAUUGCUUUGCAAAGUGCGAGAGGUUUGAAUCAUUUGCAUGAAAGAGGAAUUGUUUUCCCAACUUUGAAAGCAGAGAAAAUUCUAUUGAGCUAUAAUUCAGAUGAGAAAUCCAAAAAGUCUCAACAGCGAAUUGAUGGUGGCAAUACUCCUUCUACCUCCUCAAGCUUCAAAUAUGGAAGAAUGGAUGAAAAAUUCAGUGAGAUUCCAGUUAUUGACAAUUACAUCAAAAAGGAACUCUCCAAGUAUGGAAAAAGCAAAAUGAUGCCCUCAUCUUCAAAGAUGAGCGAGAAUAACACUGCCAGUCAAUCAGGAAGCAACUCUCAACUUAAAUCACUUAUCAUUAAGGCUCUUGAGGAUUCUACGUCCAUUCUGGAGGAAGAUUUUCAAUCUAAUUUGAAUUGUAAACUAACAGAUUGGUUUAAACCUUGGGACUUUACAACCAACGAUUAUGUCAUCAAGAAUAGAAAAGUUAUGGACACCUAUUCUCAGAACAAGAACAAAAGACCAGGGCAUGACUUUGAGGAUGUUUCAUUUUCAGUUCCAACGUCACACUCCUCUCUUAGAAAGCAAAUGGCUUUGAAUGAAAUUUCAUCAAACAACUCGACCAUCUAUUGUGGAGAUAUUGAGACGUAUUUAGAUCAAAAGGAUGAUAUCUUCAGACUGGGAUGUGUUUUCUAUCAACUCAUUACAAGAGAAACCUUUUUAAAGAUGGGCCCACUCAAUGCUCCACAAAAACCAUAUGUAGAGCCGCCAUCUCAAUCUAAUCGUUCAAGCGUCACAACGAACACUGUGGUCGUUAACAAUGGAACCAAUAACAGUCAUUCUGAGAAACAAACCAUGUCAUUUUCAAGACAAGAUUUUGGAAUGCUAUCUAUUGAUGAAAGUGUUGCGCUCAAUGAGGCUUUAGCUCACCAAAUCAUUGCUUCUAAAAUUCAUAUGAGUCUUCUAAAAAGUGAAGCAAUUCCAAUCCUUCACAGCACAGUACCACAGACAGGUUCUGAAAUGUCACCUUCAACCUCAUCCAGUGGUGAGCAUGAUGAGAGAAGUGUUCUUUUGCAUCAACAUAAUCUUGACUCUCAAACAAACCAACAAACUGGCUCAUCCGUUGCUGUGAAUGCUGCUGGCUCAACUUCUUCCAAAGCACUCUGUUCAAGAUCCAAUGAGAAGCUCUUGAUAACUCUGAUUCAAUCCAUGUUGAAGAAGAAUCCAACACAAAGACCUUCUCUGGCUCGUGUUAUUCUCAUUCUCGAAGUGUUAAUCAAAUAUUCUGAUAUUGGGGAUGAGAUUUUAGCAGUGCUUAUGCCCAACGAAAAUCAUUCAGAAAGGUCUUCAAGACCAAAUAGAGCGAUGUAUAAUGACAUGUCAUACACAAUUUCUCCUCAAUCAACCUCUCCAUCCUCAGUGACACCAAUUACAACAUCUAAGGCAUCAGCAAAUCUCGUACACCAACCAGGAAGGCUACUCUAUCAAUAUCCCCAAUGUCAUCAAUGA